GGCUGUCACAGGGCUGCUUGGUUGGUCAGUGGGGAGUCGGCGCCUGCGUACUAAGACCCGUGUGCAGCAGCGGCGGCGGCGGUAGAGGCGGCGGCGGCGGCGGCGGCGGCGGCAGCGGGCUCGGAGGCAGCGGUUGGGCUCGCGGCGAGCGGACGGGGUCGAGUCAGUGCGUUCGCGCGAGUUGGAAUCGAAGCCUCUUAAAAUGGCAGAUGAUUUGGACUUCGAGACAGGAGAUGCGGGGGCCUCAGCCACCUUUCCGAUGCAGUGCUCAGCAUUACGUAAGAACGGCUUCGUGGUGCUCAAAGGCCGGCCAUGUAAGAUCGUGGAGAUGUCUACCUCCAAGACGGGCAAGCAUGGCCAUGCCAAGGUCCACCUGGUCGGUAUUGACAUCUUUACUGGCAAGAAAUACGAAGAUAUCUGCCCGUCCACUCAUAAUAUGGAUGUCCCCAACAUCAAAAGGAAUGACUUCCAGCUGAUCGGCAUCCAGGAUGGGUAUCUAUCACUGCUCCAGGACAGCGGGGAGGUGCGAGAGGACCUUCGCCUGCCCGAGGGAGACCUCGGCAAGGAGAUUGAGCAGAAGUACGACUGUGGAGAAGAGAUCCUGAUCACGGUGCUGUCUGCCAUGACAGAGGAGGCAGCUGUUGCAAUCAAGGCCAUGGCAAAAUAACCGGCUCCCAGGGUGGCGGUGGUGGCAGCAGUGAUCCUCAAGCCUGCAGAGGCCCCCUCCCCAGCCUGGCCCAGCUCUGGCCUGGGCCUUGGCUGGACUCCUCCUACACAAUUUAUUUGACGUUUUAUUUUGGUUUCCCCCACACCCCUCUCAAUCUGUCGGGGAGCCCCUGCCCUUCAUCCUGCUCCCUCGGCCAGGAGUGAGUGACCCUUGGCCUUGGUGAAGCUGCCCUCCUCUUCUCCCCUCGCACUACAGCCCUGGUCAGGGAGAGGGGGUGGGUGCUGCUUGUGGUUUAGUGGGAUUUUUGUUUUGCUUUUUUUGUUUUUCUUUUCUUUCUUUCUUUUUUUUUUUUUUUAAAUUCAAUCUGGAAUCAGAAAGCUGUGGAUUCUGGCAAAAAUGAUCCUUGUACCCUCCCCCCACUCAGCCCUGCUCUGGUCCCUUGUUUCCCCAUGGCCCUUUACCCCAAGCACCACCCCACAGAUGGGGGACCAGCCCCCUCCCCUGCCUAUGUCUCUCCCCAAAUCCCGUUAGCUGGGGAGGGAAGAAGAGGAAAGGGGAGGGGACCUGCCCCCUCCUCAGGCAUCUGGGAGGGCCCUGCCCCCAUGGGCUUCACCCUUUCCUGUGGGCUCUCUCCCCGACACAUUUGUUAAAAUCAAACCUGAAUAAAACUACAAGUUUAAUAUGAA